AUGGGUGUCAAGGGCGUCAUCAGCGUCAUCAGCGUCACGAGCGUCAUGAGUGAUUGUCUUCUGCUCUCUUCCUUUCCCAUCCCUCCAAUCUCACAACUACUACAACUGUUACUGAAUGCCAUUGGACACGAUCCUUCGCCAGAUCUCAAGUCUCGGGCUGAUCCGAACCCUGUGUCAAACAUCUUCACUGCUCCCACUGCGCUCCCGCUCCUCCCUUUUGCAGCAAGUGGUAAGAAAGCUCUGAUCGUACCGGACAAGGACGCCGACGGCCUGUCAUCGGGCGUCAUUCUCUAUCGCACGCUGACGAGUCUCGGCCUCGAUGCAUCCUUGAUCGAUGUUCAUCUAGUUCAGAAGGGCUCAACGAUACAUAAUGAGUCAGAGCGUCAAGCCAUGACUGCCAAAGAUCCGGCGUAUGUUAUCGUCCUCGAUCAGGGCUCUAUAGCAGCACCACCCGUGGUUGAUAUACCGUCCACCAAAUCUUUGGUUAUCGACCACCAUCUGAGUGACCACUUUCCAGAAGGUGCUCAGGUGGUGUCCGCCUGCCACUAUCCACCGGUGUCGACAUCAUCUCUCCUCACCUACGAGAUUUGUAAGACUCUUGCUCCGGACAUUGCCUCCGGCUGUGCGUACCUGGCUUGUAUCGGCACACACGGUGACCUUGGAAACACCUUGAAGUGGUCUCCACCAUUUCCUGAUAUGAAAGAAACAUUCAAAGUAUUCACGAAGAAAUCCAUCAAUGAUGCAACCUCGCUCGUCAACGCACCGAGACGCACCGCCAAAUAUGACGUGGUCACUGCCUGGACUGCUCUCUUAGCGUCAAAGGACCCCAGAGACCUGUUAAGCAAUGGUCGACUCCAGAGUGCCCGUGCAGAAGUCAACGAGGAGGUCGAAUUGAACACGCAUACCCCUCCAAGAUUCAGCCGUGAUGGGCGAAUCGCUGUCCUGCGGAUCAAUACCCCGGCGCAGGUUCAUCCGGUCAUUGCCACCCGGUGGGCGGGAUAUCUGAACUCAAAAGCUUUGGAAAUCGUCCUCUGCGCCAAUUCAGGUUAUCUUCCUGGGAUGGUCAAUUUUUCUUGUCGCAUCGCCCGAUGCGCCAGGUCGAGGGAUCCACCUGUCAACAUCAUUGCGAGCUUGAAAGCUGCUGCAGAUCUUUCAUCCGACGGCUUGAGAGACAGGCUUGGAGAGAGCUUUGCCAGAGGUCACAAAGAGGCGAGCGGUGGGAUUGUGCCGGCUGAAGCUUUCGAGGAGUUGAUGGCCCUGCUCAAGAUUGGCGAAAAGCCAGAGAAGAAUGACGAGAUUCCGGAUGAGCCGAAGACAAAGAAGGCCAAGACCAUCGAGAGGAGUCCACAGAAAAACACGCUCACGAACUAUUUCCGGAAACCAUGA